AUGGCCGACAACGACCAGAGAGAAGGUACCGUGCCAUUCAAAAUUCCGCACAUAGACAUUGCAGGCCACACUUAUUACAAGAUCAUUGGUGACUUAUCGAGCAACUCGCCUCGGCUGGUUGUACUUCACGGUGGCCCAGGCUCUGGCCAUGAGUAUCUUCUUUCUUUUAGCCGCCUAUGGGAACAAUUCGGUAUUCCCGUGGUAUUCUAUGACCAAAUCGGCUGUGCCGCUUCCACCCAUCUACCUCAAACUAUUGGAGACAAGUCCUUCUGGCAGGAAAGUCUUUUUCUAGCCGAGUUGGACAACCUGCUCGAUUCCCUUCAGCUUCGGGACGGGCCAGGCUACCAUAUUCUGGGCCAUAGCUGGGGUGGUAGAAUGGCGGCUGCUUUCGCAACCACCCAACCCCAGGGAUUGCAACGACUAGUCCUCGCUAGUGGUAUAGCCAGCACUCAAACAACCCUACAGGCGAUUGAUGAAGAGGAGCAGAAAGGCAAUUUUGAGAGUGCUCGCUUUAAAGAUGCAAUGGACGUGUUUUUCCGCAAUUACUUCUGUCGGGCGGAGCCUUUUCCACCGAAGGAGAUUCUACCAGCCUUCAAGCAUAUGAGUGAGGACAAGACCGUUCGGGAGACAAUAUCAGGACCAUCACCUUUCAAUUGCACGGGCUCCUUCCGGGACUGGACCUGCAUUCCGCGCCUACAUCAAAUUGCCGUGCCGACGCUUGUGUAUAACGGCGAAUUUGACACCUCGCACGAUAUAACUACAGUGCCAUUUUUUGACCACAUACCUCGCGUACGAUGGAUCACAUUUUCAGGCGCCGGACAUAUGUGCCACCUGGAGAGCCCGGAGAUUACAGAGAAAGUCUUUAGAGUCGUCGGAGAAUUCCUGAUGCAGCAAAACUGA